AGAAGAAGAGCGCAUUUUUCCUCCCUUCAUCAUCCAAAGCAAACACACUGACACGACGUGCAGGUCCUCCUCCACUGAGUCAUUUCCAAAGUCGACCCGGCGGAACCGAACAGAACCACACACCCAUCUUCACUGGAAGUCGUCUUUUGAAUUGAUUUUGUAUUUGAUUUGAUUUUUCAUUUAUUUAUUAUUAUUAUUUCUUUUGUGGGGGCUGAAGUUUUAUGAAGCUCCGUCGGCGGUUCCGAGGAAGCCACGUUUGGGUCGCGUUCGUCGGGAGACUUGCGACAAUGAAGACGUUAAGCACACCGCCGGACCCCUCCUCAGUCACCUCUUGACCGACUUCGCUGCUUGCGCAUGAACAUGCGCCCGACGGGAGAUCGGAGCUGGAUGAUGAACUUUGAUUGACUUCACACUUUUCUGGACACUUUGGUCAUUGAAAACAAGAAGGGGAUUCUGUUUGAAUUAGCUGGAAGAUCCGAAUCGAGCGCUCAAACAUGACGGUUCGCCUGUCUGGGAUCCAACUGGCUCUCUUCUUCAUCUUGCUGUGCCCGGUCAAUAUCAUCGGACUGUGGUGGGCGGUGGGCAGUCCACUGUUGAUGGAUCCUAACAGCAUAUGCAGGAAGGCAAAGCGUCUGGUGGGGAAGCAUGCCGAGCUCUGUCAGACUCAGCCGGAAAUCAUCAGCGAGGUGGCCAAAGGAGCCAGGCUGGGCAUUAGGGAGUGUCAGUACCAGUUCAGGUACCGCCGGUGGAACUGCACGAGCCACAACAAGUACUUUGGCAAAAUACUGCAACAAGAUAUCCGAGAGACGGCGUUUGUCUACGCCAUCACGGCAGCCGGUGUGACCCACGGGGUGACGCAGGCGUGCAGUAUGGGAGACCUGCUGCAGUGUGGCUGCGAGGCCACCAGGAACAGAGCCCCCCCGAAACCUCUGUCGUCCUCCUCUGGUGACGGAGUCAAGUGGGAGUGGGGCGGCUGCGGAGACGACGUGGAGUUUGGUUAUGAGAAGUCCAAACAGUUCAUGGAUGCCAAGAGGAGACGAGGCAAGAGCGAUAUCAGGACGUUAAUUGAUCUGCACAACAAUGAAGCUGGGCGACUGGCAGUGAAACUCUACAUGCGGACAGAGUGUAAGUGCCAUGGACUGUCCGGCUCUUGCACGUUACGCACUUGCUGGAAAAAGAUGCCUCAUUUUCGUGAGGUGGGCGACCGCCUUCUGGAAAGAUUUAACGGGGCCUCCAAAGUGAUGGGCGGCAACGACGGCAAGACCCUGAUCCCCGUAGGCCAGAACAUCAAGCCCCCGGACAGGCAGGAUCUGAUCUACUCGGACGAGUCGCCCGAUUUCUGUGUGGCGAAUCGUAAAACGGGUUCACUGGGGACGCGGGGGCGCAUGUGCAACAGCACCGCCAUGGACAUCAGUGGCUGCGAUCUGCUCUGUUGCCAGCGUGGCUACCGCGAAGAAACUGUGGAUUUGGAGGAGAACUGUCUGUGUCGUUUCCACUGGUGUUGUGUGGUCCAGUGCAAGAAGUGCUCGGUCCGAAAGGAGCUAAGUCUCUGUCACUGAGGAACUGGAGUCAGA